AAAGAGGAUGGGCCCAACUUUAGCCUCAACGGCGAGUUCUACAGACAAAUUAAAUUAAAUUUUAUUUGGAUCGAAUCAUAUCCAGAACUAGACUUAUCAAUUGGCCACCAAGUUAGGUAAUUUGAAUAGAUCACUGUAAGCCAUUGUAUAUUCUGAUAAAGCAUGUACAACCGACCUGAUUGAAGCUUUAUUUGACAUUUUCUUGGCAAGUGGUGUAAAAUUUGACUUAAGGCAGAGCAGUGGAUGAGAACAUAUGCGCAAAACACAUAUUUAAUUUUUAUUUCUCACUGCCUCUAAAAGACACCCUUAAGAAGAAAUUAUCUUUCACUAAAAUUUUUUUCAAGUUGCCGGUUUAUCUUUUUAUAGCCGCCAUUACUCAUAUUCAUUAUGUAUUCGAGUACCAUCAUUAUUACUUGAAAUGACAAUUCCGUCUGCGGUUGUCAUCCAUCACAGGAUAUAGUCUGGAUGGCAGGAUAAAAAAAUGCAGUAUAAAAAUGCUAGUUAUUUUUAUAUGUAGAUAGCAGCUUAUAGAUAUACAUAUGUAUAUACAUAUAUUUAAAGUAAAUGUACACGUAUGUACAUGUAUGUAUGUACAAACUCUCUUGGGUUAUGUAUGCUGAUGACAAUUGCCAUGUACCGGUGCUGGUAGCGUCGUAAGCACACAUACUGUUAUAAAAAAUCAGAAAGAAGAAACACAAAUUUCUACACAUGUUCCUCAAGCGCUUUAUAGUGCUGUUUUUCACUUUUUGCGAGCGUAUGAGUUUUACUAUUUUUCUACGAUUAACCGCAAAAUGUUGUAGUUGGGGGAGUGAGUUCAAUACACAUAUACAGGAGAGAAUUACUAAGUAUGUUGCAUAUGUAUGUGUGUAUGUGUGUAUGUGUCUCCGCGAGCAUUUUAAACUAAGCGCGAGAGUUUGUUUUGUUUAUCAAGCGCUCUCUGCAUGCUGAAGCACCGUUAGGAGUAUCGCUAGUAUUUUCCAACACACAAACAUAUGUUGUGUUCUCGUUCGCAUGUGUUGUUGGUGAAAAUGCCAUUUAACCAUAGCGCUAAUGGUGGUGGUGGUACGGCUGCUGUCUUUCGAGUACGACUCGUUGUUGGUGAGCGCAGGAUUUUCCACGCGAACGCAGCAGUAAUGCGCUCAGCUGGCUUCGCUCGGCUGGCAGCCUGCUCAUACGCUUCAUUGUGUCGAUUGCGUUGCUCGUGACAGGACGAUUCCGGAAAUAUAGACGGCAAAGCGCACGGUAGUGUAGCCCACAGAAAAAAAUUGUAGCAAGUUGUGGGAGUGUGAGGUGCAUUGGCAAAAGCUGAAUUGGGAGCAUUUUAACCCUAUAUAUGUAAUUAAAAAGUGUAAAUAAUAGCAAGUAUUCUUAGUGUAUAAGUAAAAUAUUUGUGAAAAAGUUAAUAAAUUAGUGUCUGAAAGCGAAAAAAUCGCAAUUGAAAAUUUUGAAUCAUAGCCACAGCGAAGGCAUGAAAAUUCGCUUAUAGCCAAUUUGCCAUUUUUUGUGUGUGUACCUAGUAUACGACGGAAGGAAAACUUCAGUUCAGCACCAGCGCGUGUAUGUGUGCGUAAGUAAACGCGUAAAGUAUAUGAAGUGUAUAUGUGUACAACGAAUAUGUAUUAGUGGUAGUUCACUAAGGAUAUAGAAGAAAAAAUUCUCUAUUAUAUGCAAAAAGAAAUAAAAUACAUACAUAUAAACAAAUUCUUUUUGGCGAAAGUUUUCGAAAAAUAUAUCAGAAAUUUUAAAAGUGUAAUUUGUGUAUAAUCAAAAAUACAAAGAUUUUACUAUGAAAAAAUAACAUAAAUCUACAGCUAAUACACACGUUCUACUCCCAGUGGAUUAAAACGCAAAAAUCAAUAAUUCGGAUUAGCCGCCUGCGUGAGGAUACAAACUGAAAAGAGAAUUCCAUGAAAAUGUACUAGAACCGAGCAACUAAACUUUAAACAGUGUUAAGUGAGAUAAAUCUACGAGUGCAAUCGUUAGUGCAAGAAUUUGUGUACAAAACUCGUAAAGUUCGAACCAGCGUAACAAAUACAAAACGCGUGCCACAUUGGCGGCGCGUUGCUCUUCCGAGCUGCAGCAGCAGCGGGGGCACUCGCAUUUUAACAGAACAACACGCGAUCUCGAAACAAUGCCCCGAAUAAACUCGCGUACUUCGUCCAAACGCUUGAAAAAUAUCGUAUCGCAUUUCUUCCAUAUGCCACUUUCAACGCCCCGCUUCAGCAUGUUGGACAUCGUUAUCAGCGCGCUGCUCAUGCAUAUUUGCGUUACGCAAGCGCACAUGACCGCAACUGCCAACGGCGAUGGCAUGUCGCAUGCGGUUGGAAUUUCGGCAGCAAAUGCUGCGCGCAUGUUAGCUGGCAGCGGUGCCACAGCCGGCAGUGAGUACUCCCUUGUACUGCCACAUGAUACCUAUCCCGGCUUUAGUAUUAAGCGAUUCAAGACAAUGCCAGUGAAUGAUUCCACCUCUGCGGAGGCCAAGAGCGCCUCGUCGUCAUCGACCACAGUUGGAGCGUAUCACAUGCUUGCCGGUGAUUACUCCAAAUACUUUACAGUACUCGACGAUGGUGUGGUUAUGACGACAUCAGACAUCUCGCCACUUGUUAAUCGCCCAGUGAAUCUCGUCGUAGUCGAGGAGACACCUAACUCCACCAAUACACAUAAUCUGCAGUUGUUUGUCAUGCAUCGCAGCGAUAUGUUGCGCUUCCCCGGCACCAUGCUGGAUGCCAGUGGGGAGGUGCGUGAGAAUCGACCCGCAGGCACACGUGUACGUGGCAUCCCAUUAAUGCAGGCGCUGAGCGGUGAUGCAGCUAUUGAAAAUAAUACCGGUGCGCCUAAGAAGGUGCGUUACACCAUCAUCGACGGCAAUGAUGAUGAGGCCUUUGCUCUGCAGGCGCGUAAGUCUGCUGAACACAGCGAUUUCAAUGUUGAGUCUAUUAUGGUAGAUAGUGAUGGAGCAACCGGUGUGUGGUUGGUCACCAAUCGUCCAUUGGAUCGUGAGUCGAAAGCGCACUACGACCUAUCGGUGCAGGCCUCAGAUAUAGAUGAACUUGAUAAGAUCAUCUCGAAAAUUCAGGUGACUGUGCUGGACGAAAAUGAUAACCACCCCAUAUUCAAGUCUACCGAAUACAAAUUCGCUAUAGCUGGUCAGAAGGGCACCAGCUUGGAGGGCAAUGCAACCACCACAUGGAAACGCUUCAGCAUACUGGGUAAAGUUGAAGCCACUGACGCAGAUGGUGAUAAGAUCGCCUACAGACUAAAUGCGCCUAGUAAUAUUGUCAUCAUUGUACCACAAACUGGUGAGAUUAUGUUGGCUGAUCAACCACAAACUUCCGAAUUGCUGAUCGAAGUAGAAGCGCACGAUUUGCGCUAUCCCAGUUUAGUGAGCAAGCAACCGGCUAAAGUAUUGCUGGAGUUUCUAGCGCCAGAACCGGUUUCUUUUAUAAUGCAACAUUUGGAGCACGAUGUCAUCAACGAGCACACACAUCAUCGCGAGAAACGUCGGGUAACGCGCGCGGUACGCCCGACUAAACGUAUCGAGUUUACUGAAGCGGAUGGCGAUACCGAAGGUAAAUCUGUCUUCCAGUUGGAGAAAGAGACCGAUAAGGAGACUUUUAAAAUACGCGACGACAAUCCAUGGGUGACUGUCGAAACAAAUGGCGCGGUCCGUGUGAAAAAGAAGUGGGACUAUGAAGAGCUGGGUCCAGAGAAAACAAUCGAUUUUUGGGUGAUCAUCACAAACACUGGACAACAUGUCUCAGACCUCAAGUACACCGACAAUCAGCGCGUCAUUAUUCAUGUAAAGGAUGUCAACGAUGAACCACCAUAUUUUAUAAAUCGUCCGCUGCCUAUGCAAGCCGUCGUACAACUUAAUGCUCCGCCCAAUACGCCAGUUUUUACACUGCAAGCUCGUGAUCCGGACACCGAUCAUAACAUACAUUACUUUAUAGUACGUGAUCGUACCGGUGGCCGUUUCGAAGUGGAUGAACGUUCUGGUGUCGUACGCACACGUGGCACUGAUCUCUUCCAACUGGAUAUGGAAUAUGUGUUAUAUGUUAAAGCUGAGGAUCAAAAUGGCAAAGUGGACGAUCGUCGUUUCCAGAGCACACCCGAAGAGCGUCUAUCUAUUGUGGGUGGCAAGCGAGCACCGCAAUUUUACAUGCCAAGCUAUGAGGCAGAGAUACCGGAAAAUCAGAAAAAGGAUUCAGACAUCAUCUCGGUGAAAGCGAAAUCUUUUGCAGAUCGAGAAAUACGCUACACGUUGAAGGCGCAAGGACAGGGUGCUGGUACAUUCAACAUUGGUCCGUCCUCGGGUAUUGUUAAGUUGGCGAAAGAAUUGGAUUUCGAAGAUUUACGACAGCCACACGUCUACUCGCUGAUAGUCACCGCCACCGAGGACUCGGGUGGCUUCUCCACAUCGGUUGAGUUAACAAUUCGCGUCACUGAUGUCAACGACAAUGCGCCGAAAUUUGAAUUGCCCGAUUACCAAGCGCAUAACGUCGACGAAGACAUACCGCUCGGCACAAGCAUACUGCGUGUCAAAGCAAUGGACUCUGACUCGGGUGCGAAUGCUGAAAUUGAAUAUCUCGUUUCCGACGAUCACUUUGCGGUCGAUUCCAAUGGCAUUAUUGUCAAUAAUAAACAACUCGAUGCUGACAACAACAAUGCCUACUAUGAAUUCAUUGUGACGGCAAAAGAUAAAGGUGAACCCUCCAAAUCUGGCACUGCCACUGUACGCGUCUACACGAAAAAUAAGAACGACGAGGAGCCAAAGUUCUCACAGCAAGUAUAUACACCGAAUGUGGAUGAAAAUGCUGGACCUAAUACGCUUGUCACCACCGUGGUGGCUUCCGAUAAAGAUGGUGAUAAUGUACGUUUCGGGUUUGUCGGUGGCGGUACAUCGUCGGGACAAUUCGUUAUAGAGGACAUAACGGGUGUGAUACGCUUACAUAAUAAGGCCAUUUCAUUGGAUCGUGACAAGUACGAGUUGAAUGUGACAGCAAUGGAUGACGGAUCGUGUUGUGUUAAUGGUGAUCAUACAAUACACACCACCACUGCUGUGGUUGUAGUCUUUAUUACGGACGUGAACGACAACAAGCCCGUGUUUAAGGAUUGUGGCACCUAUUAUCCAAAAGUGGAAGAGGGUGCACCCAACGGCAGUCCAGUGAUAAAAGUGGUCGCCACUGAUGAGGACAAAGGCGUGAAUGGACAGGUCAAAUACUCAAUCGUGCAACAGCCGAAUCAGAAAGGCACGAAAUUUACUGUCGACGAGGAGACCGGCGAAGUGUCAACCAACAAAGUGUUCGAUCGCGAAGGUGACGAUGGUAAAUUCGUGUCUGUAACUGUAAAGGCAACCGAUCAGGGGGAGCCCAGCUUGGAGGGUGUAUGCUCGUUUACAGUGGAAAUCACAGAUGUUAAUGACAACCCACCGCUGUUUGAUCGACAGAAAUAUGUGGAAAAUGUGAAACAAGAUGCAAGCAUUGGCACUAAUAUUUUACGUGUCUCCGCCUCAGAUGAGGACGCCGAUAAUAACGGUGCUAUCGUUUACAGUUUAAGUGCGCCAUUUAAUCCCAACGACUUGGAAUACUUCGACAUUCAAGCUGAAUCGGGUUGGAUCGUGCUGAAGAAGCCACUUGACCGCGACCGUUAUCGUUUACGGGUGCGCGCCUCGGAUCGUGGUGAACCACCAUCCUAUGCCGAUGUCGAUGUUGAAUUAGACGUAGUCGACCGCAAUAACAAGCCGCCAAUUUGGGAUAAGAGCAUAUACGGUCCAAUACAUAUUCGCGAAAAUGUCACUGUGGGUACGGUUGUAACAUCGGUGAAGGCAAGUUCGGGUAUUGAAGGCAAUCCGACUGUUUUCUAUCGUCUAAUGCCUGGGUCGACAGCACAGACCAAUAAGUUUCAUACGUUUUACUUGCAACAAAGACCGGAUAAUGGGGAUACUUGGGCCGAUAUAAAGGUGAAUCAUCCGCUGGAUUACGAAAGCAUAAAGGAGUACAAUUUGACGAUACGUGUGGAGAACAAUGGCGCCCAACAAUUAGCAUCCGAGGCGACCGUCUACAUUAUGCUGGAGGAUGUAAACGAUGAGAUACCAUUGUUUACGGAGCGUGAACAGGAGACCGUGCUGGAAGGUGAACCCAUUGGCACAAAAGUGACGCAAGUGAAUGCCAUUGACAAGGAUGGCACAUUUCCAAAUAAUCAGGUCUAUUACUACAUUGUCGACUCACCGCGCAACGAAGGCAAAGAGUUCUUCGAAAUCAACCUGCAGAGUGGCGAAAUCUUCACCAAAACCGUAUUCGACAGAGAGAAGAAAGGCGCCUAUGCGUUGGAGGUGGAAGCGCGCGAUGGUGCGCCCUCAGCACGACCCAACAGCAAUGGACAACCCAAUUCAGUGACCAAAUUUAUACGCAUUGGCAUCGCCGAUAAGAACGACAACCCGCCCUACUUCGACAAGUCGCUCUACGAAGCGGAAGUGGAUGAAAACGAAGAUAUACAACACACAGUGCUGACCGUUACAGCCAAAGAUCACGACGAAUCUUCGCGUAUACGUUACGAAAUUACGAGUGGCAACAUUGGUGGCGCUUUCGCUGUGAAAAAUAUGACUGGUGCCAUUUAUGUGGCUGGCGCUUUGGACUACGAAACUCGACGAAGGUAUGAGCUGCGUUUAGCCGCUUCCGAUAACUUGAAGGAAAACUAUACGACCGUCAUAAUUCAUGUUAAGGAUGUCAACGAUAAUCCACCAGUUUUCGAACGCCCCACCUAUCGCACGCAAAUCACCGAAGAGGAUGACCGCAAUUUGCCGAAACGUGUGCUUCAGGUCACCGCCACCGAUGGAGAUAAGGAUCGUCCUCAGAAUAUUGUUUACUUUUUGACAGGUCAAGGUAUCGAUCCGGAUAAUCCUGCCAAUAGUAAAUUCGAUAUAAACCGCACCACGGGAGAAAUAUUCGUGCUUAAGCCGCUGGAUCGUGAUCAACCGAAUGGCCGUCCACAAUGGCGUUUCACAGUUUUCGCACAAGACGAAGGUGGUGAAGGCCUCGUCGGUUAUGCUGAUGUCCAAGUGAAUUUGAAAGAUAUUAACGAUAAUGCGCCGAUAUUCCCACAAGGCGUAUACUUUGGCAAUGUCACAGAGAACGGUACUGCCGGUAUGGUGGUGAUGACAAUGACAGCUGUCGACUACGAUGAUCCAAAUGAGGGAUCCAAUGCAAAGCUUGUGUAUUCCAUUGAGAAGAAUGUAAUUGAGGAGGAAACGGGUUCGCCGAUCUUUGAAAUUGAACCUGAUACUGGUGUUAUAAAAACGGCAGUCUGUUGUUUGGAUCGUGAGCGCACACCGGAUUAUUCAAUACAAGUUGUCGCCAUGGAUGGCGGAGGGUUAAAGGGCACGGGGACGGCUUCCAUACGUGUGAAAGAUAUUAACGAUAUGCCGCCGCAGUUUACGAAAGACGAGUGGUUUACGGAGGUGGACGAAACGGAUGGCACAACGUUGCCCGAGAUGCCUAUACUCACGGUGACAGUGCACGAUGAGGAUGAAACGAAUAAGUUUCAGUACAAAGUGAUCGACAACAGCGGUUAUGGCGCUGAUAAGUUCACAAUGGUGCGCAAUAACGAUGGCACAGGUUCACUGAAAAUUGUGCAGCCACUAGAUUAUGAAGAUCAGUUGCAAAGCAAUGGUUUUCGCUUUCGCAUACAAGUCAACGACAAGGGUGAGGACAAUGACAACGAUAAAUACCAUGUGGCCUACUCAUGGGUUGUGGUAAAACUGCGUGAUAUUAACGACAACAAACCGCACUUCGAACGCGCCAAUGUAGAAGUAUCCGUAUUUGAAGACACGAAGGUUGGUACAGAACUAGAAAAGUUCAAGGCUACAGAUCCCGAUCAAGGCGGUAAGAGCAAAGUUUCCUAUUCGAUUGAUCGUUCUUCGGAUCGGCAGCGACAAUUCGCUAUUAAUCAAAAUGGCUCGGUGACAAUACAACGUUCAUUGGAUCGCGAAGUUGUACCAAGACAUCAAGUGAAAAUAUUGGCAAUCGAUGAUGGUUCACCACCGAAAACUGCAACUGCCACACUGACUGUAAUUGUUCAGGAUAUCAACGAUAACGCGCCGAAAUUCUUAAAGGAUUAUCGGCCUGUGCUGCCAGAGCAUGUGCCACCAAGGAAGGUCGUUGAAAUAUUGGCUACAGACGAUGAUGAUCGUUCAAAGAGCAAUGGUCCGCCAUUCCAAUUCAGACUAGAUCCCAGUGCUGAUGACAUAAUACGUGCGUCUUUCAAGGUGGAACAAGAUCAGAAGGGCGCCAACGGCGAUGGCAUGGCUGUAAUCUCUUCGCUGCGUUCCUUCGAUCGUGAGCAACAGAAAGAGUACAUGAUUCCAAUUGUGAUCAAGGAUCACGGCUCUCCCGCAAUGACCGGCACCAGCACACUCACCGUCAUCAUUGGCGACGUAAACGAUAAUAAAAUGCAGCCUGGAUCCAAGGAUAUUUUCGUGUACAAUUAUCAAGGCCAAUCACCGGAUACACAAGUUGGACGCGUAUAUGUGUAUGAUCUGGAUGAUUGGGAUUUGCCAGACAAGAAAUUCUAUUGGGAAACGCAAGAACAUCCACGUUUCAAGUUGGACGAGGAUUCGGGAAUGGUAACAAUGCGCGCUGGCACACCUGAGGGACGUUAUUAUUUACGCUUCAAGGUAUACGAUCGCAAACACACACAAACCGAUGUGCCUGCCAAUAUUACGGUGACAGUGCGUGAGAUCUCGCAUGAGGCGGUAAUCAACUCAGGUUCUAUACGUGUCUCUGGCAUCACAGAUGAAGAUUUCAUACGAGUCUGGAAUUAUCGCACGCAGAGUUUAAGUCGCUCGAAAUUGGAUCGUUUCCGUGACAAGUUGGCCGAUUUGCUGAAUGCGGAUCGCGAGAACGUAGAUAUAUUUAGUGUACAACUUAAGCGUCGACACCCGCCACUAACCGAUAUACGGUUCUCCGCGCAUGGGUCGCCUUACUACAAACCAGUGCGUCUAAAUGGUAUAGUACUCAUGAACCGUGAGGAGAUUGAGAAAGAUGUCGGCUUCAACAUCACCAUGGUUGGCAUUGAUGAAUGCUUGUAUGAAAAUCAGAUGUGUGAGGGCUCCUGCACAAAUACAUUGGAUAUCAGCUCUUUGCCUUACAUGGUUAAUGCGAAUAAGACUGCCUUGGUGGGUGUGCGCGUAGACACUCUUGCUGAGUGCACUUGCGGCGCACGUAACUUCUCAAAACCUGAGUCUUGUCGCAACACUCCUUGCUACAAUGGUGGACGUUGUGUAGAUACGCGGUUUGGUCCGCACUGUUCCUGCCCAGCUGGCUAUAACGGUCCACGCUGUCAACAAACAACACGCAGCUUCCGAGGCAAUGGUUGGGCUUGGUACCCGCCACUUGAAAUGUGUGAUGAAUCACAUUUAAGUUUGGAGUUCAUAACCAGGAAACCGGAUGGUCUUUUCAUUUACAAUGGACCCAUCGUCCCACCAGAACGCGAAGAAAUGAUUAUUACUGAUUACAUAGCGCUCGAAUUGGAGCGUGGUUAUCCACGUUUGCUUUUGGAUUUCGGUUCCGGUACGCUAGAGCUGCGCGUCAAAACGAAAAAGUCACUUGACGAUGGCGAAUGGCAUCGCAUCGACAUAUUUUGGGAUACAGAAAAUGUACGCAUGAUUGUAGAUUUCUGCAAAUCGGCAAAUAUUACUGAAAUGGAAGAUGGCUCGCCACCCGAAUUUGACGAUAUGUCCUGCCAAGCGCGUGGCCAAAUACCGCCGUUCAAUGAAUACUUGAAUGUUAAUGGACCACUACAGGUGGGUGGAAUAUACCGCGACCUCUUCGAUCCAUCACUAUAUUUCUGGCAUUACGCGCCCAACGCCAAAGCUUUUGAUGGCUGCAUACGAAAUUUGGUAUUUAAUUCGAAGCUCUAUGACCUGGCCCAUCCAGGACUAUCACGCAAUAGUGUAACUGGUUGUCAACAAACGGAAGAAGUUUGCUCUCAAUCAGAGCAGACGGCACGCUGCUGGGAACAUGGCAACUGUGUUGGCUCACUUUCAGAAGCACGCUGCCAAUGUCGUCCCGGCUGGACGGGACCAGCUUGCAAUAUACCCACCAUACCGACCACCUUCAAGCAGCAGAGUUACGUUAAGUAUGCGCUCAGCUUUGAACCGGAUCGUUUCAGCACACAAAUACAAUUACGCUUCCGUACACGUGAGCAACACGGCGAACUGUUUCGUGUUUCGGACCAACAUAACCGCGAAUAUGGAAUUUUAGAAAUUAAGGAUGCGCGUCUACACUUCCGCUACAAUCUCAAUUCACUGCGUACGGAGGAGAAAGAUUUAUGUUUAAAUGCAGUCGCGGUGGACGAUGGUCAAUGGCAUGUUGUACGCAUUAAUCGUUAUGGUUCGGCAGCUACCCUGGAGCUGGAUGGCGGCGAAGGCCGACGUUACAAUGAGACUUUCGAAUUUGUGGGUCACCAGUGGCUACUGGUCGACAAGCAGGAGGGUGUAUAUGCUGGCGGUAAGGCCGAAUAUACGGGCGUGCGCACGUUUGAAGUAUAUUCGGAUUACCAAAAGAGCUGCCUGGACGACAUCAGGCUUGAGGGUAAACAUUUACCCUUACCACCCGCAAUGAAUGGCACGCAAUGGGGUCAAGCGACUAUGGCGCGUAAUUUGGAAAAGAAUUGUCCCUCUAAUAAACCUUGUUCCAACGUCAUCUGCCCGGAGCCGUUCGAAUGUGUGGAUCUGUGGAACGAAUAUGAGUGCACUUGCGGUGAAGGACGCGUCAUGUCGCCAGAUGCCAAAGGCUGCAUGGACCGUAACGAAUGCCUGGACCUGCCAUGUCUGAAUGGUGCCACUUGCAUCAAUUUGGAUCCACGUCUGCGUUACCGAUGCAUCUGUCCGGACGGCUUCUGGGGCGAGAAUUGCGAAUUGGUGCAAGAGGGACAGACGCUCAAGUUGAGCAUGGGCGCACUGGCGGCCAUAUUGGUUUGCCUGCUGGUCAUACUGAUUCUGGUGCUUGUGUUCGUUGUUUAUAAUCGCCGUCGCGAGGCGCAUAUUAAAUACCCCGGCCCGGAUGAUGACGUGCGAGAGAAUAUUAUCAACUACGAUGACGAGGGUGGCGGCGAGGACGAUAUGACUGCAUUCGAUAUUACACCGCUGCAAAUACCAAUCGGCGGGCCAAUGCCACCCGAGCUGGCGGCCAUGAAAAUGCCAAUAAUGUAUCCGGUGAUGACGCUAAUGCCCGGCCAGGAGCCAAACGUGGGCAUGUUCAUUGAGGAGCACAAAAAGCGCGCCGAUGGUGACCCAAAUGCACCGCCCUUCGAUGACUUACGCAACUACGCUUAUGAAGGUGGCGGCAGCACAGCCGGCUCGCUGAGUUCGCUGGCCUCUGGCACUGAUGAUGAGGCGCACGAGUAUGAUUACUUGGGCUCAUGGGGGCCGCGCUUCGGCAAGCUGGCCAACAUGUACGGCGAUGAAGUGAACGCUGCAGCUGCACACCCCGAAUUAGGAUUGUAAAAACACAGAGGACACAAAAGGAAACAAAUUCAAUAAGUACAGUGAAAGCAGCGAAACACACACAAAAAAAUAAAGACGAAAGUGAAAAUGAAAAUGAAUAUAAGGAUCAUUAAGUAAAAUAUAAAGAGCGAAAGAUUUGAGUGGAAACUAAAUAAAAUUAAAUAUAAAAUAGUGUAGUGCAACCAAAGAUAGAAGUGAGAAUAAAAAUCUGAAGUAGAAGUGAUUGAGGAAAGGAGCUCGCGAAAAGAAAACCAGCAAAUUAUUGAAAAUUAAAUUUGCGGCGACAAAAAUGGCAUUUGUAAAAAAUACUCAUCCCCAUACUAAUUUUAUAUAAGACUACUACUGUACGCUAAAUUUAGGAAUUUAGGCAGAAAACAAGUUAAGAAAGGCAAACUAAAGACAAAAUCAGCAAGGCAUGCCGAGUCGCCAUACUAAACUGUUAUAUUAAACUUGCUGAAAACUUGCGACCGCGAAAUAUAAAUGUUAAUGAAACCAAAGUAUUUAAAUUUAAGCUGAGAAGAAAAACAAAAACACAUACACAAAAAACACACAUGGAAAUAGUAGACGAAAAAAGUACAUGAACAUAUUAUACUCAUCACUAGUUUUUUAAGUACUGUACAUUUCCUUUUUGAUAUUAUUUAUUACUAUUACAAAUACAUUUAACUACUUAAGGUGUAUACUUAAAAUUUAGAUUUAGUUAAACGUUACACAGUGUACGUGGGUGCAGUGCAAGCAGUACUGCAACUUGUUGCUUGAGAUUUCAAUAGUAGCAGCUAAAGAAAAGUUCAGGUGAGAUACAUUAGUAAUUGCAUAUGUCAAAAGUGUCAGUGUGUUUUGACCUUAAUAUUGCACGCAGACAAGCAUAUUUAAUAGUUAAAGCAUUUUUUGGAUAAUAAACCACGACGAAAAGAUCAAUUCAAUAGCAACGACAAGCAGUUAUAGGCCGGAAUUGAGUUUAACUUUGCAUAUGUAUUAUAAAUAAUACAUAUACAAGUUAUUGUAUAUAUAUAUUGGGCAGUGAUUGUUGGGAAUUUAUUGAAGAAGAAGUUAAAUCUUGUUGAUAUAUCUCAAUUUUUAGGGAAAAUUAAAGAUUUCGAAGGAGAUUAACUAUAUUUUGAGAGUAGCUAACGACUCGCUUGAAAAGUAUAUACCACGAACUAAUUUUUAUAAAACCUUCAACUCAUUUUCCUGUCUGAACAGAAUACUUCCAGUUAACGCCUCUUAGACAGAAUUGGUAUAAUUAUAGUUGGCCUCCAAUUGAGAUCCUUCUGCAAUUAUAGCAAAUAUUUUUUAAUGUUUAGCAAUAUUUAGUAGGCACAUUUAAGCUGCCGCAUUUUUUCUGCAGUAAUUGCUUUUGAUUCUUCCAGUCUAUGAUAAUAGCAUAAUCAUAUAGACUGGUUUAAUCAAAUGAGAGUAGAUAAGCAAACAGUUACACCGCAUGAGCUACUGCACUGAGUUCUUUUUGCUAGUAAAUGUUGACAUCGAGAGUGUUCUACUUACAGAGUACAGGCGAAGUUGCCUAAAUUCUCCUAACUACCUUUGCAUAAGUGACUCCCUAGUUAAUCGUGCAUUUUAAGGUGAUCCCUAUUAUUUUAUUAUUUAUGCUUUGAAUUCCUCGUCUACAGCACUUUUAGGCCAAAAGACACAAAACGUACCCACACACACACAUACUCAAAGACACCGUCAUAUAUAUACUUGUUGUGUAUGUGUUUUAUGUGCAUGUUUACAACAAAAUAAAAAAAAAAAAAAACAUAAACAAAAAAGGCAAAUUAGGCGAAAUGAGUUAAUGUUGAGCGUAAGUGAAAAUGUGUGUAUGCAUUAAAAUUAAUUAAUUAUUACUUCACUUUUUAUGUAGACGUAAUUAUAUCAAUUAAACCGUAUAAUUAAUUAUAAAAACAUAAAAGAAAUUUAAGUAACAUGAAUACCCAAAGACUGUUUUCGUUCCAUCAAAUAUGUGAAAGUGAACAACACGCAUACAUGCAUACUUAACUUUAAUUAAUUAUAAAAACUGGAAUGAAAAGUUGUACUAUUUGAAUAAGUAAAAAUAAAGAAAAUAAAUUAUAAAAUUUGUGGAAAUUAAAAAAAAAAUUGAAAACUUCUUUUUUUACACAGCAAAAACAAAUAUCGUAGAAAAAUAUAGGAACACUGAUUGGAAAACUAAGCUUGUGCUUUGAGGGGGCGGAGGCUGAGUAAUUGACGGCAACAGCCAACUCGUAUGGAUAAAUUUGAAACAAAUGUUUUUAUUUACGUCUCUUCUGAAAUAAUAUUUUUGCAAAUAUUAGAAAAUCUUAAUUUCGAACUUAAGCUGCCCUCUCGAACACAACCGCACAAUCGAUGGUGAACAUGUUGAAACAUAGUAGAAAUAUGAGAGCUGAAUUAAAUAGCGAAAACAAAAACUAGAAGCUCCAGCAAAGUCUCCUUCAUACUAACAAAUCACUAACAUAAACUUAAUUAAGCAAAUUCGCAUAGCAGUGAACACAUUUAAUUAGACAAACUUGUAUUACGAAAAUGAUUACAAGGAAAAGUGAAAAACCAACUAAUUAACGCAAAACAAUGAAAAUGUAAACGUAAAAAUUACCUUUAGGUGAACUUAGCGCAAUUGAAGUAAAUCAUAAAAAAUGAAUAUGAUGAAAACGUAAAAGUAAAAUUUAUAUAUAAACGAAUGCAAUUAAUUAUGAGGUGCAUGUGAAUGCACUGAAAUUGAUUUAAAUAAACUGGCAAGCAUUGUAAAUAGUUUUAGCAUGUAAAAGACGCAAGAUGCGCAGACAGCCAAGGCGGAGAGGGGCUGUUUGUUUGUGUUUGGCACUAGUGUAUUAUGACGUAAUUGAAAUAGUGUUUGAAUAUAAUUACAAACAAGUAAGAAAUAUAUGAAAAAAACUAAUGGUUUUAAAUAGGACACACGUAAACCAAAAGAAAAAAUUAUUGAAUUAAGCAGAAAAAUAAUAAAUGAAACAGUAUUUAUAUGUUAAAAAACAAAAGUGAAUUAAAUAGAUUUUAGUGAAAAUGGGGAGACAAAAUCUAGAAUUUAAAGUACACUUAAUUAAAGAAAAAACAUCAAAAUAUCUCACUAAACGACUUCAACUGCAUGUGAAAAAUGCUGUUGAAAUGGAAUAACCAAUAAAUAAGGCGAAAAGUUGAAGUAAUGAAAAUAUUUGUGAAAACAAAAAUCGUAGGAAUAACACGAUAAACACGUAAAACAACAACACAACGCUAAUGGCGGCAAUUCAUACAAAUAAACACAUGACUAGAGAAGAAAGAAAAACACUUAACAAAUGAUAACAGCAGAAUGAAAUUAGGAUAAAAACUUAUUAAAAUACAGUUAAAACUCGUGCAUAGAAGUAAAAGUAUUUUCAGUUGAAAUUCCAACAUAAGGAGAAACUAUAAAAGGAAAAUGAAAUAAAAAAUCGGUUCAGUUUUAAAACCUAAUUCUUCAGGCUAUAUUCGGAGAAUUGAAACGAAUGCAAAAAUAAUUGAGUAGUAUAUUGAGUAUUAAUUAUUAUUUUUUACUAGUAGGGAUAUUUUCCUUAAUUUUAUGUGUCGAGCUACCAAAUAAAAAUUGAUUUUAAUUUUAAUAUUUUUUUUUUAAUUUAACUGAUAUUUUACUUGACAACUUUCAAUUAACUAUGUUAUCAAAUAAUCCCCUUUAUUAGAGGGAAGUUACCAACAAUUCUUGUUGAGCAUCACCACAUCGUUUGUAUAUUACCAUUUACAAUACAUUUGUAAAAGUUUUUAAUUUUGUCGUUCUUUAAUGAUAAGAUUUACAUAUAGAAAAUUAGCUUCAGCUAAAUCACACCCAGUGCAAUUUACCAUUUAUAUACACACAUACAUACAUAUAAUGAAUACAAAUAUUUAUACACCAAACAUUUUACAUAUACUUUAAUGGUAGGUAAGUUAUAGGACAUACAAGCAUACAAACACUUACAUACAUAUACUCCAUAUACCUACAUAAUAUAAUAAAAAACAUAUAAAAAAAUAUUUAUCCCCAAACUGCGUUUGCACACAUA